UUGCAGGAAUUCUAUCAACGUCUUGAUUUUUCUGGUGCAAAUAUUUCACAUGGUGGUUAUUUCUUUGGUGAUGGCGUCUUCAAGUCUGGUAAAAUUCUUUUCGAAGGUGGUAUUGACCCGAUAUUGCGAGGCUUCAUGAUGACCCCUGUUAAAAGGCCGCAUCGUAUGACACCGUCAAUCACAGAGAAAAUGUUUGGCAGGAAUAAUUUGGAUGCAUUACGAUCGUGUGCCUCACCACUAAGUUCGAGUUGA